AUGCGCGACCUUCGGGCCGUUGACAUCGCCAUCGGCUAUCACGUGGUGUCGCUGAACCUAGACCUCUCGGACUGGCUCAUGCAGGCGGCUGCAAAGCAGCAGGAGGCGCUGCAAGAAGAACUGGAUGAGGGAGCGGACGAGAUGAUGAUCCGAGCAGAGGAGCCCGUGCUCCUGGCUUCGGUGCCAGACCAUACCGAUACGUCACAUUUUCCGUUGGAGUCAUUUCGGGACAGGGGCACUGCUGCUUUAACAAGCUGGAUUGAAUCUUAUGUGUUGCAGCAUCGAAAGCAGCGGCAGCAGCAGCAGCCGCCGGCCGAGGAAACCCAAGAAGAGGACCCGCAGGGCUUGAAUGAUUCGAACGUGCUUCAGCGGAUUAUGCAGAACAGCAGUCAUCUUUACAGCAAGCUGUGUUUAGGGCAUGCUGUGGGACUUUCCAGAACGAGCAUCUGCCGCAGUUUAAAGAGAUGUGCCUCGGCUCUUUUGCAUGGUCAGCGUAUUCUGUGGUCUCGGUUGCUUCACAGGAUUGGCACCCAACUGCGUGCGGGUGAAUGUGAGGGUCUGCUGAUUGCUCGCAUGCGCAAGUAUGAUGAGUCCCCGUUCUGUCUGCGAAUCGAUGAGUCCGGAGAGGUGGUCGGACUAGACAGGAGGCGCAGCCGUAGCCGUGGCCAGCAGCAGCAGACUGAAUCUGCUGGUUCCCGGGCCAAGCUUGUAUCCUCUUUCCACCGACUUUUCAUGGUGCUUCGCCGUCCCUGCAAGGACGAGGACGGUAAGUUUAUAUAUCAGGCCCUGACCGGUUCUCUUCCGCAUCGUUUGCAUGUGGUGGAAACUGUUUCUGCCCAGAAUAUGAAGGCGUCGCAAGAUGCUUGCAUUGCAGACCUCCCCAUCCCUGAGGACUUUACUUCGCUUUUCAAGAUGAGACUGAUGUUGUCUUGCACGGACCGCCACUCGAGCAACUUGUCCGUAGAGAAGAAACUACAAGAAGAGCAUGAGUCCUGGACAUUUGCCCAAUCUCAUUGCACCAUGCACAAAGCAGCCGACGCACAAUCCAGACAGUUUGAACUUUCGUCGGCUCAUGUUUCUGGGAUGCUGUCAGCAAGUAUUUCCAUGCAAGCUGCUGGGACUCAUGGGCAGCUGAAGGCCAUAUUGAAUCAGAUUUUCGAGGAACGGUUGGUUGUCCUUCAUGGGAAUCUGCAGUUGCGAGAGCAUCGGCACAGCUUGUAUGAGCUCCUGCUUCCUUUGUCAGGUCCCGAGAAGCUGAGACAUGCAAAGCAGCGUUGCAUCCUUGAUGCAUUGUUCAACGGCAACGUUCAGGAUCAGGGUCGAAUCAUUCAUAUGACGACGAACCCCAGCUGCAACCGUGACACCAUGCUACUGUUGUUCUGCUCCUUCGGGGCGUGGGGGCUGCUGGGGGGCUCCGCAGCCCCGUUCUUUAACCGCUCGAAGUGGUUAGGUGGCGAGGUGGCCGUGAGCUGGCAUGCACUGCUUGCCAACACCCAUGGUUUGCACCAGGAGCUGUUCCAGCGGUGGUCUGCCGUUGCCAAGCCGACACCUAGCUGCCACGUGACACCAGGAUCCUCCUCGGCGGGCUGGUCCGCGGUUGCGUCGAGAAUUGUGGCUUCGAGCAUCUUGGAUGGGCCGGCUGAUGCUGCCGCUGCGGCUGCUGCAACUGCUGCUGCAGCUGCUGCGGUUCCAGUAACUGAAGAAACUGAUGAAGUUUUCGAUGGUGUGGCUGGUAUGGGUGCUGCAGCGGAUGAAGGCGCGAAGGAUGCCACCACCCUGGAUUGGGGGGCUUGGAAUCGUGCGAACAAACGCAAGGCCAUCGUGUGGUCUCUUUGCAACCCUGGCACCGUAUUGCUUGUGAUGCGCGUUUCCAUGCAGCCUGUGAUAAACCUUUUGCACGCGCUUUUUCGAUUGUCCGCGGACAAGUUUCAAAAGGAUCAGCUGCUUGCGUCUGUGCGUGGGGAAGACAGGAAGUUUCGACUCACAGAACUCUUCUUCGGCGAAUUGCUGCCAGAGUUCCAUCGGGACAUGAACACAGCAUAUCAGUCUGCGAUGAAGGCUUUGCCUUUCCAAGGCAUGACUACAGCCAUUCGUGGCCUAGCCACACGCAUGCUGACACGAGCAUAUGCUUCCUUGCAUCAGACUCUCUUCUGCAAUCGCGCAUCGUCACUGGUGAUGCUGUUCAAAGUUCUUGUGAGUGGCUCCGAGAAAGAUGCCGCCGCUCUUGCUUUUGCAAAUCUGAAGGAGUGUCUGCUGGAUGACAUCUCCAAGAGCUUUCGAAGCUGCUUUGCCGAUCCCGAGGCCGUGGCAUCGGAGGAGGCUUCGGCUAUGCUGGAAUGCAUUGCAAGAGAAUAUGACAUUGACACACUUCAGGUUGAACGUGGUUUUAGCCAGAUCCGUCGCAGAGUCAUGGCCAAGUCGGUCCAGACCUGGCGCCCGUCCCCGGCUGACGUGGCAAGCGAGUGUUUGAUGCGGCACUGCGCACUGGACAAGCAGCGACAGGAGUACUUUAUGGGCCGUCGUUCGAGUGUCACGGCCAGGCUUGCGAAGCCACGGCAAAGCAAAGGGCCUACAAUGCAGGGAGGUGGCCCUUGGCGGGCAUUCAUGCGCAUCCGUUCACAGGGUCGGAAGUUCACGGGUCUACAGUCGACGCAGCUGGCCAAAGAGUACCGUCAUCUCCAGCACAACGACCCCGAGGCCUUUGCUGUGCUUGAGAAUCUUGGUCAUUUGGCUCAUGCUCGAGUUGUGCAGGAUGCACAACAAUGGCAGCAGAAUGCAGGCCAAAGCACACAGCCAAGACGUCCGGCCUUUGAUUUUGAGGUGUCCCAGCUCCCGAAGUCUGUGCUGGAAUCUCUGGGUGUUCCGGAUGAUGAUGCUGAUGAUCCAAAUUUCCGUGCUGCUGCCUCUGCCGAAGUUCCGGCAAUUCUCGGUGUCGAGGAUGAAUUGCGGCGACUCGUGCAACAGAGUCGGCAAGCUGCAAUCGAAGCAAACGCAUUGGAAAAUGCGCUGGGAGCCGAAAUCUGUGCCAAGUCGGCUGAGGUCGCCGCAACGCCUCAUUUCCGGAGCCUCAACACACCGCACACGUCCCAGACUGACGCUGAGAAGGCCUUGCUGCUUGCGUCCUCCAGCCCCGACUUCCUUUGUGUUCCGGGUCAACCUGCCGUGGCCGUUUUCUCCCCGACAGCACCGGCGGUUGUCAAGGACACCGCUCGUUCACGUGCGGUUGACUCCGAGGUUAAAUGGUUAAAUGAUUAA